CACUCUUGUAGGCUUAGUACAUUGGUGGAUAUUUUUCUGCAACACUCACAAUGUUUACCAGGAAGGCUGGUCACUUCUAAAACAUUUUACAGAAACAAGACACCGCUUUGCAAAUAACUAGGCGGCCAAUAAUCACUGCCUGUUGUUGUUUUUACUCAUAUGAAGUGUAGCUUGUAAUUUAGAUGUUCGUUAGCAAUGUGAUUUUAUGGUGUGUUGCUUUCAUGCAAAGCACGCUGAUUUGAACGGAUACAGCCAAUUUCCCAUCCUAAACUUUAGCCAGUUUGGGUCAUUUUUUACUUGAUAACUUGACUUGAUAGUUCUAUCAUGGACCAAACUGAUAGUGUGAAUGCAGACCCAGUUCUUACUGUUGACAGGCAGGGCCGAUGCAAGAACUGGCGUAAUUGGCUGGGAUUUUGGUUACUGGGAUUGUGCAACAACUUUGCCUAUGUGGUGAUGCUGAGUGCGGCCCAUGACAUUCUAAAACAACAAGGGUCUGACAACUCCACAGUGAUGAUCCCAGCAUCAUCUCACUGGCACGUUGAAGGACGGAAUGCCAGCAAUAGCAGUCGAUAUGACUGCAACCCUGUUUCUACUGCGGCUGUACUGUUGGCUGACAUUCUCCCUACUCUUAUCAUCAAAUUAUUUGCUCCAUUCCUUAUCCACAAAUUCCCUUAUGGUUUUCGAGUGUUGGUGUGUGCUGCCUCAGCGAUUGUCAGUUUCCUUCUGGUGUCCUUCUCUUCAACAGUGUGGAUGAGUAUUCUUGGAGUCGUCUUUGCCAGUGUGAGCUCUGGACUAGGAGAACUCUCCUUUCUGUCUUUAACUGUGUUCUUUAGCAGAGAUGUUUUAGGGGGCUGGGGUUCAGGGACUGGAGGGGCAGGUGUGGCUGGAGCUCUGCUGUACUCGGUUUUCACACAGGUUGGCUUGUCACCCAGGGUUACACUGCAGGUAAUGCUGGUGGUCCCCGUUGCCAUGGUGGUCAGUUACUUCUGCCUGUUGGUAUUUCCUCCAUCCUUCCCACAGUGGCAGUGCAGAGAGGUCGGGCCUGCUCUGUCAGUCAGGGGCAGAUGUUCACAGGAGAGACAGCCUCUGAUGGAGGACUCCGCUGAGGAAGAGCAACCCCAGAGUACUCCUGAAGAAGACAUGCCCACUGGACCACUGACCUUAACAGAGAAAUGUCAAUGUAUCAAAGGUCUCCUGGGGUUUGUUCUCCCUCUGGGCCUGGUUUACUUUGCUGAGUAUUUCAUCAACCAAGGCUUGAUGGAGCUCCUGUAUUUUCCUAAUUUUGUAUUUUCACAUGCAGAGCAAUACCGAUGGUACCAGACCCUUUACCAGGUGGGGGUGCUAAUCUCACGUUCCUCUCUCUGCUGUUUGAAGAUCAGGAACAUUUGGGCUUUAUCUCUGCUGCAGUGUGUGAAUGCUAUGCUGCUGGGCCUGGCGGUAUACUAUGAGUUCCUGCCCAGCGGUUGGUUGGUAUUUGGGAUUGUCCUUUAUGAGGGGCUGCUGGGAGGAGCGGCCUAUGUCAAUACCUUCUACUUCAUCAGCAAGGAGCAGACUGGAGACAGACAGAGGGAAUUUGCAAUGGCAGCUGCUAGCGUUGGGGACAGUAUGGGCAUCGCCUUGUCAGCCAUGACAGCAUUUCCAGUUCACAAAUACUUCUGUUCAUUAUAAGGGAGAUUUGGACUGAAUUGUCUUUCAUACAGUAAUGUUAAGUGAAGCUUGACAUCUUUGACUACUUAAUAGGCCUUCACCAGUGCCUGACUGUCUUAUCAACCCACACUGACUUUGACCAGAAGUUGUAACUGACAUCCUACUGAUUUCUGAUUGAUUCACACUUAAGAAUGAUAAUAAGUCUAAGAUAAUCAAAUUGUGUUAUUUAGCCAUGGCCAAAGUUAAAUUAAAUUGAAAUUUUAUUUCUUAGAUUGUACACAGUGUUGGGUAAGUUACUUCAAAAAAGUAAUUAAUUACUAAUUACUUCAUCAAUAUUGUAGUUAAAUUACUUUUGUAAUUACUCUGUCUGAAAGGUAAUUUAAUUACUCAAUAAGUAAUGUAAUGCAUUACUUCUUACAAUCCCCAAAAACCUUGACUGGAUAGACAACAGAAAGGAAAGUCUUUCAAUAAUUAAAUACAAGUCAAACUUGGAACAGUUUAGCAUUUUAGCUUUUUAAAACAUAGCCUACUAAUUACUAAUACUUAACAUUUUAGUAACACGUGUAACCUUCUUUCAUCUUUAGUUACCAAACAGUAUGUGCAUAACACAAAAGCUUAACUUUAAGUUAAACAUGACAUCACAGGAUUCUACAGUACGCAGCAGUAGCAUCUCUUCCUGCAAUCUAGUUCGCAAUAAGUUUUGCCUGCUUAACAGGUGUUGCUGAGGUGUUAUCUGCCGAUGCCAAAGUAAAUUCCUAGUCUGUGCAAACUUUCAUGAUGAACAUGGAUCACUCAAAACUGUUCGUGGAUGCUGCCUUGUGAGGUGCUUCAGUAGGUUACUUGUGCUAGCCACAGCCGCAUACCGUUUUUUUCUCCCCAGGACAUAGCUUGCACUUUACAUUAAUGUUCUUGUCAACCUGUGACAAAAAGGUAAAGUACUUGGAAUAUUUCCAUCUGGUAAAACAGCUAGAGCUACUUGCUGCAGCCGAGUCCGAAAUCUUCCACUUCAAACAGCUAGAGCCCACGCUUAUGCAGCAAAAACUCGCGUCUCCCGUGCAACUGCACUACAGCUAACGAUUUUAAAGAGGCAGCGUUCACUUUUACCCUAAAACAAUACAUUUAGAUUUUAAUUCAAUAUUGAUUUAUACAGAACUGUUUGACUAAUUUACAGUAUGUAACGCAAGUACAUUACAAGUAACUGUAAUUAAUUACCUAAAAAUGAACAGUAAUCCCUUACUUUACUUUUUCAGUGGAUAAGUAAUUUAAUUACGGUACACCCAACACUGAUUGUACACAAACCAAUUUUGCACACCCUUCUCAGUGUGAGAUAAGACUUUGUCGGUAUUGUUCAACAUGUUUUGCCUUAUUUGUUGUUGUUGUCUUGGGACCAAUUCAAACAUGUAUGUAGUUUGUGAAAUGGGAGUGUUUUUUGUUUAUUCAAACCAGUAAAGAAAGACAGAGACAUAUCGUG